GCCGCCGCCGCCGCGAUGCCGCUGGAGAACCUGGAGGAGGAGGGUCUGCCCAAGAACCCGGACCUGCGCAUCGCGCAGCUGCGCUUCCUGCUCAGCCUGCCGGAGCACCGCGGGGACGCGGCCGUGCGCGACGAGCUGAUGGCGGCCGUCCGCGACAACAAUAUGGCUCCUUAUUAUGAAGCCUUGUGCAAAUCCCUCGACUGGCAGCUGGACACGGACCUGCUCAGUAAAAUGAAGAAGGCCAAUGAAGAGGAGUUGAAACGCUUGGAUGAGGAGCUGGAGGAUGCAGAGAAGAACCUUGGAGAGAGCGAAAUCCGCGACGCAAUGAUGGCAAAGGCUGAGUACCUCUGCCGGAUAGGUGACAAGGAAGGAGCUCUGACAGCCUUUCGCAAGACGUAUGACAAAACUGUGGCCCUGGGUCACCGACUGGAUAUCGUGUUCUAUCUCCUCAGGAUUGGCUUAUUUUACAUGGACAAUGACCUCAUCACACGAAACACAGAAAAGGCUAAAAGCUUAAUAGAGGAAGGAGGAGAUUGGGACAGGAGAAACCGCCUAAAAGUAUAUCAGGGUCUUUAUUGUGUGGCUGUCCGUGACUUCAAACAGGCAGCUGAACUCUUUCUUGACACUGUUUCAACGUUUACAUCCUAUGAACUUAUGGAUUAUAAGACCUUUGUGACUUACACUGUCUAUGUCAGCAUGAUUGCCCUGGAAAGACCAGAUCUCAGGGAAAAGGUUAUUAAAGGAGCAGAGAUUCUUGAAGUGUUACAUAGCCUUCCAGCAGUCCGGCAGUACCUGUUUUCGCUCUAUGAAUGUCGCUACUCCGUUUUCUUCCAGUCCUUAGCUGUUGUGGAACAAGAAAUGAAGAAGGACUGGCUGUUCGCUCCGCAUUAUCGAUACUAUGUGAGAGAAAUGCGAAUUCAUGCCUACAGCCAGCUCCUGGAAUCGUACAGGUCACUAACCCUUGGCUAUAUGGCAGAAGCCUUUGGUGUUGGCGUGGAGUUCAUCGAUCAGGAACUCUCCAGAUUCAUUGCUGCUGGGAGACUACACUGCAAAAUAGACAAAGUGAACGAGAUUGUAGAAACCAACAGACCUGAUAGCAAGAACUGGCAGUACCAAGAAACUAUCAAGAAAGGAGAUCUGCUACUAAACAGAGUUCAGAAACUUUCCAGAGUAAUCAAUAUGUAAAACCCUACACGAAGGAUUCCUUCAGAGAUUUGGGAUUUUUAUAGCUCACUUCACUGCCCUCAGCACAGCUGUAUAAAUAAAUUCUGCAUUGUUGUUUCUGUCCAUUUUA